AUGACUCGGAUUAGCAAAAUGUGGGAAAAGUACUGCCUGCGUCCAACCCAGGGCAAUGUCUCCACCCUCCCAGUUUUCAUCUACGGCACAGCCUGGAAGAAAGACCGCAGCGCUGAUCUCGUUUAUAAUGCAAUCAAAGCUGGUUUCCGGGGUGUGGAUACGGCGGCCCAACCCCGCCAUUACCAAGAGCAACUCGUUGGGGAUGGCAUCCGCAGGGCAAUUGCCGAUGGGAUCGUCGGUCGUACCGACUUAUACGUGCAAACCAAAUAUAGUCCUGUCUCUGCACAGAAUCCGGCUGAUAUGCCCUAUGACCCGUCAGCGACAGUGACGGAUCAGGUCCAUGCAUCUAUCAAAUCAUCAUUGCAUAAUCUUCGCUCAAAAGUUGACCCGGAAUCUGUGCAUGAGACUUACAUUGACACCGUCAUCAUCCAUUCGCCACUGUCAACUUUAGCCCAGACCCUGGAGGCCUGGCACGCCCUUGAGACUUAUGUCCCCCACCAUAUCCGGAAUCUAGGUAUCUCCAAUUGUACCUUGGGUAUACUCCGCGAAUUGGUUAUUUCACCCCAGACAACCGUGAAACCAUCAGUGGUACAGAAUAGAUUCUACGAGGAUACUCUGUUUGAUGUCCCCUUGCGCGCGUUCUGCCGCAAGAAUCAGAUCAUAUAUCAGAGCUUUUGGACUUUAACAGCCAACCCAGACCUUGUGCGCUCUGAGCCAGUGCAGCAACUUGCUCAACAUGUUAACAUAACCCCAGCUGCUGCUUUCUAUACGCUAGUUAUGGGCUUGAAGGAUGUGGCGGUGCUGAAUGGGACCAAGAAUGAAUCGCGCAUGAAGGAGGACCUGUCUGCCCCUAAACUAGUUGAGGACUUCACACAGAAGAAACCUGAGUUAUGGCAACAGAUUCUGACGGACUUCCGUGGUUUAAUAGGGGAAUCUGCAUAG